AUGGGCUUGGUGCCCUUGACAGCCCCUGAAGGCUUGGGGCCUUCAAGGGUGGUCUUGGUGUCGAUCCAACAAUCAAUUGCAUGGACAACAAUGACCCUCGUUGCUCAGUACCAGAGAUUCAUUUCAGCAACAACUUCACCCAAAGUCCUGAGGAAACCCACUUUCUGGGUUGCGCAGAUGGAAUACCACCGUUCUGGAUUUCGAUUGGAAUUCCACCCAUAUGUUUCCAUUUUAAUAGAGCCUUCAAGGGACUCCAUUGCCAACUUGAACACUUGCAUUCUUUGCAACCAAAGGAUUCUGUCCUCACAAAAUGCCCCAGUUUCCAAACAAGUAAAAAAAGGUGGUGCUGUUGUCUCUAACAAUGGAGUGCAACACUCAGAGGAUAUGAUUGGCAAACUGAAACCACAGCACACAGUCCAGCCUCCCAAAGGCUGGGAAGAGCACAUGUUUGGCCUGAGAGAUAGAAGAUGCUCCUUGACACCUCAUCCUUCCAUUGUGAACACCCCAAUGCUCCCUUCCCCUUCCCUGCACCUGGACAACCAAAUCCAUGAUGAGGACUCUGCAAUGGAGGAGAUGGAGGAGAAUCCUGACAACAAUGAAAACAAGGAUGACCAGCCUUCCAGUAAUGAGAACAAGGAUGAUCAGCCAUCCAGUAGCGAGAAAGCAGAUGACCAGCUGCCUGGUAGUGAUGAUGACGACAAGGGUUCUGAUUACAAUGAGAAUGAGAAUGACAACAAGAUGGAGAGCUCAAGUGACUCCCAUGGGUUUGGUGCCUCUCUGGUCAUGCAAUGGUGGGCUUGGUGCCCACUUGUGUUUCAAAGCUUGACUAUUCCUUGUGCCCAGUCCCCACUUCCCCUGUCCUUGCCACCCAUGUACAAGUCUGAUGACUCUGCCCAUCCUGUAGGGGAUGUUGUCCAUCCUUGCCAAGAAGGUGGCCUGAUCUAUACUAGACUUCAGAAGAAGGGAAAAGGUAGGGCUAUAGAUGCCAAGGACAUUGAUGCUGCAAACCACAGUGACCAUGACACCCAACUCCUGAACCUCAAGAAGCCAGGGAAUCUGUCCACAGCAGUGUCAGACAAAAUAUGUGCUUUUGCGAAGGACAUCAAGAUGAUGGCAGAAGAACUUGGCUGA